UUGUCACUGCACCGAGGAACUAUUUUCUCAGCACUUGGGACUGCUUCUUCUACACUAGUGUUUCAUUUGCUGGAGUGGGUUCAAAAAAAUAAAAAAUGCGAAAGAAGUCCUUCGUCAAAUUUUGAGUGGGAGAGUUCGAUAUGAUUUCAUAAGAGAUCAUCCCAUUAAUAAUGAUUCUCAUAAUACAUCAUGGCGAUCUCAAUCUACGUCGUUUAUCGAUGUAAGUGAAGUUCGUGGCUGGGACAUGGAUAAUAUGGAAACUAUUAUCGAGAAAUUGAUGUCUGUUGAUGGUAGUGAAAGAUUAAGCCUCCAAGUUGUGUCACUAAUUGGGGUAGGCGGAAUUGGAAAGACGACCCUUGCUCAAUUAACUUAUAACGAUGUUCGGGUUCAAGAAUACUUCGAAUUAAAAUUCUGGAUAUGUGUUUCACAUUCCAUUGAUACUGCAGAGAUUGCCAAAGGGAUCUUGAAGGGCGCGUGUCCACGAGGGGGGCAAUUGGAUUCCAUGCUAGAAUCCCUGAAAGAGAUGAUUUCAGAAAGAAAGUUUAUCCUAGUGUUGGAUAACGUAUGGGAGGUAAACCUUUCACAAUGGGAUACCCUGAAAAACAUUCUCAGAUUCGGUUGUCAUGGUAGUAAAAUUCUAUUGACAACACGGAAUAAAAGGGUCGCAAGAAUGCUAGAUUGUCUUCAAGAAGAUAUUCAAGAUAUAGGAGUGCUCCCGGAUGAAGAUUGUUGGCAAAUAUUGAGCAGCAUAGCAUUUUUUGGAAGGAGGGAACCUGAACGAGCGAAGCUAUGGGAUACUGGUAAGUGUAUUGCAAGUACGUGUGACGGCUUACCACUUGCGGCAAGGGUCUUGGGAAUCCUAUUGCGUUUUAAAAGUAGCUUGGAGGAGUGGAAGAAUGUGAUGACUAACGAAAUCUGGGAAUUGCACGACGCAGAAGUUGAUCUUUACCCACAUUUGUUUUAAGGCUAUAACGAAUUGUGUCCACCCCUUAGACACUGCUUUUCUUAUUGUGGCAUCUUUCCCAAGGAUUCUUACAUUAUGGUGGAUACUCUAAUACAAUGUUGUAUGGCCUUGGGUUAUCUGGGCUCAGACAAAGGUGAUGGUAGCAUGGAACUUAGAGGGAGAGAGUACUUCAAUAGUUUAACAAUGCUUUCGUUUUUUC